AUGGGCCAGAGCGGUUCACGGCCUGAGCAGAGGCCUGAGGAGGGCAGGCGAAGCAGGACGGGUUGGCAGAACCGGCGGUCGAACAUCUUGCAAUCGAUACGCCAGCCUGCGCUGGUGGAGGAGGAUGAUGGUGGUUUGUUACGGCAGCAGCACAGUGGCCGCAGGCAGAGUCGAUCUCGCCCACGCCCACGCACGACCAGCACCCACCGACUCUCGCAGAUGCUGCAGCCAGCCUUGCGAGAUGAGGCAGCCAGCGCCGAUGCUGCUCACCGGUCAGGUCUACACCGAACAGCAACACGAGUCAGGAACUUGCUAGGCCGAUCGGAUACACCUUCUCGCUCAUAUCCUCACCGUCCAAUGAGUGAGGUGCGACCGGCGUUGGGUCUGCUCCAGCACCGCACCUCCUAUGUCCGUGCCGGCAUGAACCGUGACGGUGCUGACUACUACCCACCCCGCCUGCCAUCCAUUGAUGUCAGCUCCACCUUUGACAACGACGCCUUCACUUCUGCCGACGAGCCGGAGAUGCUCGCUCGCUCCACCUCCAGCCGUCGCUCGAACGCAGUUUCCACGUUCAACGCUUUACGGUCUAAUCGACCUUUCAGACACUUCACCUCAUCAUUACGGCGGAGACGCUCACCACAGCCAAGUGCAAGAAGAGGAGGCACAGAGGACCAGGCGGCGAUGCUCAGUAGGCUACUGUCUGUGGCAGCGGCAGCAACGGCAGCGACACUGAUUGGUGACGAUCCAUCAGCACUCAGUGAGGCUCGAAGUCUCACAACACAAGCUGGCAUGGCCGAUUUAGGUUCAGGUGGGGAGGAUGGGAGCUUUGAUGGGUUUCUGCGAGCAUUGCAAAAUGGGCGGAUAGCUUCUGCGUUGAGGCAAGGCGGUGAUGGUGAUAGUGAAGGCGCUUCACGAGAAGGUCCACUGAACUUCUUUCGCAUGUUUCGCUUCGGGUCUGGAAACAGCAGCCCUACGCCACUGAGCACUGGCCUUGGUGAUCCAAGCGAGGCCAGUGAUAGCAUAGGUGCUGAUGGAAGGAUGGUGCCUAUCAUAAUAGUUGGCAUCAGGUCCAUCAACCCAUCCGCGGGCGGAGCUGGAUCUGCAGCAGACGAUCUGCCACCAUUUAUCGAUGCGCUUGGCAACUUCCCGAACCCACUUCCUACCACAGCGCUUGGCGCACACGGCCACGAUAGCAUCGACUCGAUACUACGGCCACCACAAAACGGCACAUCCUUCCGCCAUCGAAGACGAGCUAGCAUGGGUGGCUUCGGCAUGGGCAGGAAUCGAAUCAGUGACCGGUUGGACGAUCAACGAGACCAUCGCUCACCUGACAGAAGGAGAGAGAGGCCAUGGAGUGUUGCAAGCUCGUCUUCCGCGUUCGAGCCUCGACCACCACCUGCCACGCCAGCGAGUCCGAGCCCUGAAUUGAGCCGCAUUUCUAGCAGGAAUAGCACGCCUAGCCACUCCCGGCCAGCCUCCUUUGUUGCGAAUAGCAUACGUGAGCUUGGUGGCGACUCGAGGCGGAAUAGUGCGCUGCACCGAGCUUCGGCUGCAAGCCCGUUAAGUGCGCACACAGAAGAAACUUCCUCCUUGCACUCUUCCCAUUCUGCGACUAACCUCCUCUCAAACGACGAUCAAAUCUCGCCUUUCAGUUAUCACUCGCAUAGACGAUCCGAUACCUUGCCGAACAUCCACUACCCGCGAUUCUCGUCCGGCCACCCCCGUCGAAACGGUGUGGUCGAGCCUGAUAAUCUGCCGCCACUGUCGAGAAGCAGUACCUCAAACGGGACAGAGGAGUCUGCAGCUAACAACACAGGCAACGAGAGCAGAUCGACCAGCAAUGACAGCCGAAGCUGGAUCAUCUACGUGCUUGGUGGUUCGUACCCGGAGAACCAUCCUAUUCUGACAACACCGAGUCUCUUCACCGAGAAUCCGACAUACGAGGACAUGAUGCUGCUCUCAGCAUUACUCGGUCCAGCCAAGGCACCAGUAGCUACCGAGGAGGAUGUGGAGAGUGCCGGUGGAAUCUACAAUAUCAAUGUAGCGGAAGUGUCGGAGGGAGAGCUCAGUGACGCGGAGAAGACUGCUGAGCUAGUUGCCACCGCUAUAGAAAGCGAUGAUCGCGUGGAGCUGGAGGCUGGGCAGAGGUGCUUGGUGUGCUUGUGCGACUUCGAGGCGGAGGAAAUCGGUCGGAAGCUGGUCAAGUGUCAGCACUUCUUCCACAAGGAGUGCAUUGACCAGGCCGAAACUCCUGCCCUCUUUGUCGAGGCCAAGGCGUGGAUGAGAAGGAGAAGCCUGCUGAUCCUACACCGGACGGCACACCAGCACGACCAGCGGAGCUUAGCGCGUUAUGAGCUUCGCAUCAUGAAGCGCGACUCGAUUCUCGUUGACGGCAGCGAGUAUAAGAUGUUCUUCUUCCUCACAUAUUGA